AUGGUAAAGAUGGUAAGAAUGAUGACGAUGAUGAUCGAUUUUGUCCAUCAAAUUUCAUCAAAAAUGCUGAUAAUUUUUCAACAACCAAACAUUCCCAAUUCAACGAUAAUGAUGGUGGAUCGGAUACAAUGUCAGAUGAUUCAUCAAUUGAAAUCAUAAUACUUUAUAAACAAAUUUCAAACAGAAUAUUCGAACAAAAUGAUUGUUUCAAACAAAUUCAACUAAAAACCGAAACAAUAAUCGAAGAGAAUAUCAAUUCAACCGCCAUCAAUGGACAAAAAUAUCGAAAUAUUUUGAUAAAAGGUUUUCAUAAAAAUGUAAUGCAAGCAUCACGUCUUAUUGAUCAGCUACUAGUCAACCACAACGAUGAACAGCAAAACUCACCUUUGAUUGAAUGCAAACGUUUUGAAAUCCUAUCAACAAAAUUACCAUUAAUAAUCGGUAUCAAUGGUAUUACAAUGAAAUCUUUGAUCGAACGUUCUGGUGCAAAUAUUCAUAUUGAUCAUCAACAAUCUUCCGGUGAUAAUAAUGGUGGUAGUCAAUUUACAACGGUUGAUAUUUAUGGCAAUAAUGAACAGAUUAAAAUGGCCUUUAAUCUUAUUAAUGAAUUACUGGAUCAGGAACGACGAUUUUUUAAUGAUAAUAAUCGAUUAAAACAGCAACAAUUAACCACGAAGUUUGAUGAUAAUGAUCUUGAUUCAUUCGAAAUGUUUGAUUCAACAAAUGAUUUAAUUAUCGUUGGUGAUAAUCAUCCACAAUAUAUUCGACAACAAUCGAUUGUAGCAGAAUCAUCAUCAUCGAUAGUUUGUAAUCGAACAUCAUUAACACGAGAACAAAUUUCCUAUAUGACCGAAUCAUUCGAUGUAAUCGAUGAUGAUCAUGAUCAUCAUCCGGAUCGUUCAAUUUCACCAUCAAUAUUACCACCAAUUCAAGUAUAUGUUUCGCAUAUUGAACAUCCAGGUCGAUUUUAUGUACAAAUCAAUGAAAAUCGACGUAGUGUUCGUCUUGAUGAAUUGAUGGAUGAAAUGAAAAAAUUUUAUUCAAAUAUUGAAAAUCAAUAUGCAUGUCGUUGUGAUUCGUCGACCACAUUGAAAAUCAACGAUUUGGUUGCCAUAAAAGUUGAUGAUAAUGGUGAUGAUGAUGAUUCGAAAUUUUAUCGUGGUUAUAUCACCGGUUGUUUGGAUGAUAAUAAUUUAUUUUCAGUAUUUUAUGGUGAUUUUGGUAUCACUGCUCAACAUUCCCCACAAUCAUUAUUCUAUUUGAAUGGAAAUUUUCUCACUCGAUUACCAUUUCAAGCUAUUUGUUGUUCACUUAAUGAAUUAUCCAAUGAUGAACAAUGGUCAAUUGAAGAAAUUGAACAAUUUCGUGAAUGGACACGUGAAGGUUUAUGGGAAUCAAUAAUUAGUAUUCGAUGUUAUCGAUAUCAUUAUGAUGAUAAUGAUAAUAAUAAUGGACAACGAACAUAUAUGGUUGAAAUGUUUAGUAAACAACCAAAUCAAUUAAUGACAAUAAAUGUUGGUCGAAAAUUGAAACAUUUACAUAAUCAACGAUUAAUUAACCAAAGAGAAAAACAUUGAGUAUUUUCAAUCAACAAGGAGCUUGACUUUUUUUUCAUU